AUGCAGAGUAUUCCUUGGCCAGAGCGAUUUGUUGACUUGAAGCGCCAGAUCGUCGAGGCUACGCCCGACUAUGAGCAGCGUCUUACAGAAUCCUGGAAGGAUCUCCUCCAAGAGCUUGACAGGCGUACUACAGAUAUUGCAGAAGCUGGCCCGGAUUAUAUCCCCCAAGUCCAGUACAAGGACCUUGCUACACUCUCUGCUGAGCAAAUCAAUAUCAUUCGGCGCAAGGGUACCGUCGUGAUCAAGGACGUUGUCGAUGAUGGUGAAGCUCUCGGGUGGAAGGCUGCCCUCGAAGACUUCAUCAAAGCCAAUCCCCAUAUUCAAGGAUUCCCCGAGCAGGACAAGCAAUUCUUCAUGCUUUAUUGGACGCGUUCGCAAGUGCAAGCUCGCGCACACCCAAAUGUCCUCAAAGCUUCCGCAUGGCUAAACAACCUGUACCACGUCAAGUCAGGCAAGCCGCUUGAGGGUGUUGACCUUAGCGUUCCCCUCGUGUAUGCCGAUCGAUUCCGUAUUCGCCAUCCUGGCCCAGGAUGGACCAAUUUCCCGCCUCACGUCGAUGGUGGUGCAAUUGAGCGCUGGGAGGAUGAAAGCUUCCGUAAAUGCUAUGCUGAUAUUCUCAGUGGUAACUGGCGCGCGCAUGAUCCGUAUGAGCUUGAGGGUCGUCUGGAUGCCCGGAGCUCGUUAUACGGUAGACCAGGACAAGCGACGAUAUUUAGGUCCUUCCAGGGCUGGUUGGCCAUGAGCGAGGCUGCUCCGACACAGGGGACGCUCCGGGUGUUCCCUGACCUCAUGCUCUCAAAUGCGUACACCAUUCUACGCCCAUUCUUCCGCCCCACCGUCCCGCUCGACUCGGAGGAUAUUCUCAAGCCAGAGAGCUGGGUGUUUGACAUCUCAACCCCCGACUUCCCCGGUAUCUUAGUCCUGGAAAACGGGUUCACUGGCCCGCGCCCGACGCCAGAGCAGCACCCGCACCUCAUGCUCGAGAAGACAAUGACGUCCGUACCCAAGGUCAACCCGGGAGAUAUGGUUUUCUGGCACUGCGAUGUCGUGCACUCCGUCGAGGAAGAGCACACCGGUACCGGAGAUUCAGCAGUGAUGUACAUUGGCGCUGUCCCACAGACGCCCAUGAAUACCGAGUACGUCAAGAAACAAGCAGAGACGUUCCUCGCGGGCAUCAACCCUCCCGACUUUGUCAAGGACAAGCCGAACACCGGAUACGUUGGCUUGGGUGUCGAUGCGGAUGUGAAAGAGCCUAUUGCACGAAUUGCGAUGGGGCUGCCGAUCCAAGUUGCAUGA